AUGGCGACGAUGACCAAGACCGUCGACCCGGCCGCGGACUCCCUGCUCGACAAGCUCGACGAGCUCGUCCCCGCCCCUCUCGCCCAAUUCGAUGCGUUCCCCAAGCUCCCGGCAUCCUACAAGUCUCGGUCCGAGUCGCGCGGGUUCCUCACCAUCUUCGUCGCAUUCGUCGCCUUCCUCCUCAUUGCCAACGACCUCGGAGAGUACAUCUGGGGAUGGCCCGAUUACGAGUUUGGCGUCGAUCUGGACGCCUCGCCUACGAUUGACAUUAAUGUCGACAUGGUUGUCAAUAUGCCUUGCCAAUACGUCAGUGUAGACCUUCGCGACGCCGUCGGUGACCGUCUCUACCUCAGCGAUGGUUUCACUCGGGAUGGCACCACGUUCGACAUCGGGCAGGCCACGACGUUGAAAGAGCAUGCCGAAGCCCUGUCGGCGCGCCAGGCCGUGGCACAAUCUCGUCGCUCGCGCGGUCUGUUCGACGUCCUCCUUUGGCGGACGGCCAGCGCCUUCAAACCUACCUACAACCACAAGCCGGAUGCUAGUGCAUGCAGGGUGUACGGAACCAUUACGGCUAAAAAGGUCACUGCGAACCUGCAUGUCACGACCGCUGGACAUGGCUAUGCCAGUCACCAGCACGUUGACCACAAACUCAUGAACUUGUCGCACGUCAUCACGGAGUUCUCCUUUGGCCCCUAUUUCCCGGACAUCACCCAGCCUCUCGACAACUCGUUCGAAAUCACACAAGAUCCGUUCGUUGCCUAUCAGUACUUCCUGCAUGUCGUCCCGACGACCUACAUUGCUCCUCGCUCCAAACCCUUGAACACCCAUCAGUACAGCGUAACGCACUACACGCGAGUGCUCGGCCACCACCAAGGCACCCCUGGGAUCUUCUUCAAGUUCGACCUGGACCCCCUCAAGCUUACUAUCCACCAACGCACUACCUCCUUCAUCGAACUUGUCGUUCGCUGCGUAGGAGUUGUCGGUGGAGUCUUCGUAUGCAUGGGCUACGCCGUGAAGAUCACCUCGCACGCCGUCGAGGCCGUCACCGGUGCAGACAAGUCCUCCGGCAUCGUCGCUGCCGAAGCCUCUGGCGUCGGCUCCCUCCGGAAACGCCUCGGCGGCGACCUACGCCUCCGCCCCGGCGGCAGCGCGCGCGACCGCGUCGUCCGGCAUGGUAGCGGAUGGAUGGUCGAAGGUGGCUCCCCCUACGGUUCGUACGCCGGCACGCCCGUCACACCCGCCUUCAGCGCCGGUUCCCCCUUCACUCCACACACCCCGAGCUUCACCCCUGGGCCGCCGCCCAGCGCGGGCCCGUACACUCCGAGCGCAAUGCCCAGCGCGCCGACGCCGCGGAGCGCGUCGUACACGCACGGCCAGCAGGGCCUCGGGAUCGCCUCCCCACGUCCGACGUCGAUGCUCUCCCCGCACUCGUCUACGAGCGCGAUCCCGACCGCGGCGACGCUGGGCUCGCCGUAUGCGGGUGCACCGGGCAGCCUGCCGGGCACGCCAGGGCUGUACGCGAACUUCCCGCCGACGCCCAACCCGGUGAGCGCGGGGCCGGCCGCAGGGGGCGGCGUGUUCGCGGCGCAGCAGGCGGGGGCGCCGCCGAGGAGCAACGGGCUGAGGUCCGCGAGCUUGAACGGGAGCGCGGGGUUGCCGAACGGGAAGAAGGAUGACUGA